GGCGGCCGCACCGAAACCGUCGGGGCGUUGUUGCCUGUUGGUGGAGGCGGAGUGGCGUCCUCGUUCGUUGCCUUCGCUUCAACCAACCGAGAGCGAGCGAGCCGUCCACCCCACCACCGAGGUUACCGCGGUCUCUCUCCCUCCUCUCGCGCGCGCGGCCGGCCGGGGAGGUGGGAGGCGGCGGCGAUGGGCAGCGAGGACGUCCUCGUCGAGAUCCACCCCCGCGAGCUCCGCUUCCUCUUUGAGGUGAAGAAGCAGAGUUCAUGUUCUGUCCAUCUAGCGAACAGAUCAGAUCAAUAUGUUGCAUUUAAGAUCAAAACAACUUCUCCAAAAAGAUACUGUGUUCGGCCAAAUGUAGGAGUUAUUCUUCCAAGGGCAUCACAACAUUUUGUAGUUACUAUGCAAGCGCAAAAGAAUGCUCCACCAGAUCUGCAAAUAAAAGACAAGUUCCUUGUGCAGACAACAGUUGUUCCUUUUGGUACAGCUGAUGAAGACAUUGUUCCUGCUUUUUUUUCCAAAGAAACUGACCAGUAUAUUGAGGAGAAUAAGCUGAGAGUUGUCCUUGUCAGCACGAGUCAGCCUCAAGAAGAGCAACUCAUCACUGGAGUUGCCCAUGCCAAGUCAACAGUUGAGGUUCCUAUGGCAGAAGAGAUACUGGAUAAUAUGAAUGAAGUACCUAAUGUGGUGAAUGAAGUUCAUCAUCCCCUGAAAGCAAGCUAUCCCCCUUUAAGGGAAACUCCUGCAAUUUUGAGUGAAAUUCCCUCCCCUGUAAAAGAAAGUCGUACUGUUCUGCAAGAUUUUCUAGUCCCAUCAAAAGAAGCUCCAUUUAGUUUGACAGAAUCUGCUCCCAUUUUGAAAGAAACCUCUGCUGUCUCUGUUGAGUCUCAUUAUUCUUCAACAAAAACAAGUGCAACCUUAAACGAAUCUCCACCAUUGAAAGAUACUCCUGCCCCACGAGAACUUGCAAUUUUAAGUGAUAAAGGACCUGCCAAUGCUGAGAACCUUGAUCUAUCUCAUCAGGUAACCGAAGAUGUUCAGAAUUUACAGUCGAAGCUUAAUAAUCUUGAAGCAAAACUAGAAGAUGCUGAAACUUUGAUUGUAAAAUUGAGGGAAGAGACCAGAACCACCAUCCAAGAGCGGGACAAACUACAGAAAGAUAUGGUAUUCUUGAAAAGGGGCCAGGCCGGUUUUCCGCUGCUGUUUGUCCUCUACAUGGCAUUUGUUGGCAUGUCACUUGGUUACCUGUUGCACGUAUUGGAGAUGAGGCACCUGGGCGUAGCUGAGCUUUCUGGGAGCGGCUGAGAGUCCGAGAGGGAGGUAACCUUGCGGCACUUAAUCAGAGAGGGAUUACUGUCGCGUGAUGAUGUCACAUCAUCGGUUCCGAGGGCUUUCCAUAAAGCUGAGGUUGCUAAUAACUGGAAUGUAUAGAGCAGCUUGAUUUCAAAUUGUAUAGAACUAUUAUAGAAGAUAUUUACCUGAAGACUAAACAGAAAAUUCCCCAUAUUUUCCUUUUGGAGUCAGUACAUGUAGCUCUGGAGUCUGGAUGCUAUUUCUCGGUGUUAUUGUUAUGAUUUUUUAAAAAGAAAAUGACAGAAAUUUAAGAGGAGAC